AUGGAGACUUUGGGGCAGCAAGUAAACAGCAGUGGCCUUGAACAAAGAAAUUGGGCAGAUGAGGCUUUGAUGAAGACCUUUGUGCCCAUCCUGGACGGGUUUAUUCUGGUGACUGGCCUGGUGGGCCAAACCCUGGUCAUCACCAUUCUUAAUGGCAGGAGGAAGAAAGAAAGCCAACCUCCACAUGGCACAGAUACCCUGCUGUUGGCCCUGAGUGCUGCUGACCUGCUGCUGCUGCUCUGCCUGCCUUUCCACACCUCUGCUAUUACCCUGGGCUUCUGGCCUUUUGGUAGCUUUCUGUGCAAGGUCAUCAGCUUCCUGGGUGUGGCCUGCUCAGCUGCUUCAGUCUUUACCCUGGCAGCUUUAGCUGUGACACGUUACCUGACUGUGGUGCACCCCACCUGGGCGUACCGUUCGAGAAUGCACAGACGCAUUAAGCUCACAGUAGCUCUGCUCUGGGUCCCUGCCUCAGCCUUGGCAGCCCCGCAGUUUGCCUUCCGCACAGUUACAGCGUCCAGCGUUGUGUACUGCUUUGCCUUCCUGUCUGACUUCAGCCAGCUAGUCUACAGCAUUGCUCUCUUCCUGUUCGGCUUUGCUCUACCACUGGGCAUCAUUGUAUUGAUGUAUGCCAAGAUCUACUGUUUUCUUCGACAUACGCGGCUGGUGGGGAACGCUCCCCAGCUGGAGCGCUACCAGAGCCAGGUCACUCACACAUCAGCUCUCCUUGUCCUGGUCUUCACUCUCCUUUGGCUGCCCUCCUAUGCCCUCAUGUUCUCCUUCAUUGGAGGAACCAUAACAGGCACACAUGGAUACAAGAUCAUUGCCAUCCUGGCUAGACUGUUGGCAUCCUCAGUAGCAGUGGUAAACCCUGUGCUGUAUGCGUUUAUGUCCCAGAAGUUUAGGCGAGAACUACUAGAGCUGGGGAGAGAGCGCUGGGCAUGCUGCAAAAGCUGUCUGAUUGGUUGCCCUCAUGUGAUGGGUAGGGACACGGUGCAGCCCUUUGAGCUGGACACAACAUCAGAAAGAGGCCAAAACUGA